AUUAAAGACACAGGUCAGGAGUUCUUUGUCAUUCAGUCAUUUCCUGUUACUUGUCAAGCUAUUCAUACAAGAACCUUGCUGUUGUUAAUAGCCUCGGUCAACUUACCACCGAGUUAAAUACGUUUAGGUUUGUUAAAGAUUUGAUUUCUACAAUGGCAAAUGACAGGACGUCUGCCGCGCCGCAUCAUUAUUAAAUGCAGUCAGAUCUAAAAUCUGGCUGGCCCUUGACUUGUAAGCUAACUCGGGAAAUAACAGCGGGAGUGCGAAUAACACUAUGGACGCACCUCAGUAUCCAGACUAUCCUGCUCACUACUGGUAUCCUCAGUCUCAUUCCACAGGACACUAUGCAAGUACCUACCCAUCGGGAUCCGAUGUUCAGCCACAGUACAAUCCACAGGUAAUGCCUGGAGGUUAUCCAAAUGGCCAUGGUGUCUACAGCUCAGCACAGGGUCAAUACACAGCAAGUGGUUUCCACCCAUCCAACCCUUUCUACUGUGCUGACCCUGUGAGACCAGGUCCAGGUCCUUAUCCUAACCAGGGCUGUCCAGCAGAGCAGAGCAGUGGGCCAUCUGGGCAGUCACACUCUCAGCACCAACAUCAUCACUAUCCUGGUCCACACUGUCAAGGGGGUCCUGGAUAUCAUCCUGGACCAUACCCUCACUACAGUGAAGGUGGCCAUGCAGUGUCUCCAAACCCCCCAUACCCCACGGGCCAGUCUCUCCAUGUCAGCCCCCAGGCCGAUGUAGGGGCACACUCUGGUCCGUAUGUACACUCACAGCAACAAUGGCAAACAGGCCAGCAGCCUCCACAAAACCAUUAUGGAAAUCCUGUCCGUCCAGCACAUCCUCCAGCCUGGCCAGGGACUGGUACCAGAGCUCCACCUCCUUACCAACCAAAGGACCAACAACACCAACAUGUCCCUCAAGUGGGUCCUAAACCCAGGCCAGCCCCAUCAUUGAAUCCCCCCAAUGGAAAGCCUUCAGAAAUAAGUUCACCUCCCCAAAUGUACAUCAAAACUGGGAGAGCUGAGCCUAAGCCUUCAGAAAGUGAGCCCCCACCCUCAGCACUGGGUCAGGCUCCAGCUCCAAGCCAUCAGGCUGGACCUCAGCCCCUGAGCGAUAAUCCUGGUCUUGCUAAGGUCCAGCAGGUUAUGUCCAGGAUUCAGCUCUAUCAAGAAGAUGUUGAUGAGUUUGUUGGCAAAAAGACAGACAAGAGCUACAGGUAUUUGGAGGAACUGCUGACCAAAGAACUGCUGGAGCUGGACUCUGUGGAGACUCAGGGACAGGAGAAUCUCCGGCAAGCACGAAAGGAGGCGGUGCAGAGGAUUCAGGCCAUUCUGGACCAGCUGGAGAAGAAAGCCUUCUGAACCAGAUUGGUUUGGUGGGUCACUAAGUCUUGUUGUUGUUCUUUUCUUCCAGAUCUUCAGUGGACAUCUUGAGGGUCUAUUCCUGUUCCUUGGAGCGUUAUCUUCAAGUUUUUCCACCACCCUGAUAUAAAAUGCCUGAAGCAUAAGUGACAUGGACCCAGAAACUAGAUAGAGCAAUUAUUGGUACAUGGAAUCAACCUUUAAAGACAAAUUAUGCUGGUAUAAGUGAUACAGGGAUAUUAGAAGUGGAGACUGAUGAUUGUACAUAUCAUACAUGGCUUUCAGCUUCAGCAAGUGACUGGACAGGCUACACAGACAGACACUUUGGCUCACCAUAUCUUUCUUGUCACACCUGUGCCAGCAUAAUGCAGGGCAGAGUCACUGAAUUUUCUGUGACACAGAUCCAGAUUAUCAUCACGCUGUCCCUCAAGAUUGUGGGUUAGUUUUAAUAUGAUCCUACAUCUAACAACACAUGCAUAUCUGCACAUUAUUACGUUUGUGGGAUUAUGAUAUUGUUCUCACCCCAGGUAGUCUGUACACUUAGUUGCACAUACUUGCAUCCCCAUGUCUCUGCAGAAACAGGUGCAGUGCUUUCCUUUUCAGUUGUGCUUUUGGCCCUGCAUGCACUGUAAUGUCAGGUAAGCACUCAGUACAGCCAUCUCUGAGCUGGUAACCUGACUUUGAGUAAGGCAAAUUAGUGAAAACCCCCAAAGAUCGCUGUCCUCAUUACUCCAUGUUUUGGAUGAAACACUUGCUUCUAUAAGUGCAGACCUAGAAUCAGACCGUAAUAUGAAUGCAAUGUAUGUCACUGUAGGAACUAAUGUUACAGAAACCUAAGGAAAUGUUUAAGAAUGACCUCAAAAGCUGUUAUACUAUCCCCAUUUAAGUGAAGGAUGCACUUAAAUGUUUUCACUAAUGCUUUGAACUUCAGGAAAAUGUUGUUUCUGUUUUCUGCAGUCCUAAUAUCCUUAUGUCAAAUUCA